AUGACGUCGAAAUACACUAAACACAUUCUGUGUAUUAACAUCAACUGCCGGGUAAUGAAGACUGUCGUCACUUCCGCUGAAGAAGAACUACAGAAGAACUCUUACAGAAGAAGAACUACAGAAGAAGAACUACAGAAGAAGAACUACAGAAGAAGAACUAUAGAAGAAGAACUACAGAAGAACUCUUACAGAAGAAGAACUACAGAAGAACUCUUACAGAAGAAGAACUACAGAAGAACUCUUACAGAAGAAGAACUACAGAAGAAGAACUACAGAAUAAGAAUUACAGAAGAAGAACUACAAAAUAAGAACUACGGAAGAAGAACUACAGAAGGAGAACUCAACAGAAAAACAACCACAGAAGAAGAACUACAGAAGAAGAACUCUACAGAAGAAGAAUUACAGAAGAAGAACUACAGAAGAAGAACUACAGAAGAAGAACUCUACUGA